GCCUAUGACUCAAGGCUGUGUGAAAGGAAACGAUCGGUUCCCCAUAAAGUGGAUAUGACACUUUAAUAUUUGGGGUGUUUUUUUGCCCGGGCGAGCUCGCGCUAGGCGGAUGAUUGUUGUUUAACGGAAGCCAGUACGUGCUACGUGCGGAGUCGCUCGAGAAGCCUUUCACCACCGGCACGUAGGCAGAGUGCGCUCCAGAGCCAAGAGAUCUGAAUCAAACCCACAGCACACGACACGUCCUCCUCCCCCUGAGAGCAGCGUUUACAUCGGCGGUGAUUAUAUCAGGCUCCGUCCUGAAACAGGGUGGGAAGACUCAGCUGGUCGUUCCUGACGCUCGCAGCGCAGCAGCCCGGUGUGGUCUUCCCUCAGAGCUGACCGUGCACCGGGGAUGAGAUGAAGCCCAAGUGCUUAUGAUCCGACUCGUUGUUUCCGUUUCACUUCAGGGACACCGUUUAGGUUACCUUUCGGUUUAAGUUCUCUCCUAAAAUAAAACCCGAUAUGAAUCACACCUGACCUGUUGAACCGAACCUCAUGAUCACGCGUGCUGAAAAUAAUCCAUGGAGAAAAGUUUAGGCAUGAUGCCGGAAGCCGAUGAGAGUGGAGCAAAAGUAUUGGGAAGCCUGGCCAUGGGGGACGGGGAGUUUGCGGAUCGCCGGCUCGGGCUCGUGGACAAGAUCCCGUUAGUGAAACCCUAUUUCAAGAAGAAGCACGCGCAAAGGAAACUGGACCACAAGUGCCUACGGGCUUUAGAGGACCCUAUUCUGAGCACGAUACUCGGCUCGGACGACCUUGUGGCCGGAGAUGGCAUUUUCGUGCCGCGGAACCCGCCGCCGGCCUCCGCGCAGCAGAGUCUGAUGUGCGCCGCGGCCGUGGCGGAGGAGGCGCGCGCCGACGCGACGGCGGAGGAGCAGCUCGCGGCCGGCGAGCAGAAAACGACCGGCGCGACGAGAGACUCCAGCGACGCGUCUUCGCGCGACCCUGGGACGACGACGGCGGCGGCAGUGGUGGCGGCGCAGCGCAGCGGACUCGAGGCGGCGGAGAAGGCGGCGAACGGCGCGGAGUCGUCCGCCGUCGCGUGCGUCGGCAACGGGGAGCUUUUCCGCGACAAAAGCGACGAGGCCUCUUUGGAUCUAGUGUUCGAGCUGCUCAUGCAGCUGCAGUAUCACACGCGCCAGGACGACGCCGUGCACAUCUGCGUGGAUUUCUUGCGCGGCGCGUGCCUGUGCGGGAGCGAGUGCCCGCGCCACCACACCGCGUUGCCCUACCACUGGCAGAUCCGGCGUGCGGACACGCGCGUGUGGCAGAGUGUAGCCGAGGACGCGCAGGAACAGCUGGAGAGACUCUACUGCAACCCGGACAAUGAGAAAGUCCAGCUUAAAUUCCUGACUCGAGUGUUUAUGCUGGACUUCAGUGCCAUGAGGGUGUGUGACAUGGAGUUCGAUCUGGUCAGACGGUUGUCCACGCCCUCCAGCUUCGGAGCCAUGCCCACCAGCACAAACCCCGCCUCCAACACAAACCCCGUCCCCGACUUUCUCACAAUGUGGAAAUAUUACUGCAGAGAUAACUUCGGCUGGAGGGAGUACUCAGAGCCUGUGGUGCGUUUGAUCGAGGAAGCGACAGAGCGAGGGCUGAAGGAGGUCCGCUUCAUCACGCUCCAGAACCAGUACAUCCUGAAUAUCCGCGAGGGCUUCCAGCAGAACGCCGUCUUCGGUUUCCGCCGCCAGAUCAAAAAACGACCACACUUCAUGUCCUCCAUUAGACUCUCUCCACACCUGCAGACUCUCGGAGGUCUCAGCGCGCUGGAAGUCGUCGGACCUCAGCCCCUCUCGCCCACAGCCAUCUCAGGACCCCGGCUGUUCCCCGAGACCUGGGUUCCCAUGAACCCCGAACAGGACUUUGUCCAGGUGCCGGUGUCGCGCGAGGACCGCAGCUACCGCACCGUCUACAACCUCUUCCACAAAACUGUGUCUGAGACCAAAUUCCGCAUCCUGAAGAUCCUCCGCGUCCAGAAUCCCUUUCUCUGGGAGAAAUACAAACGGAAGAAGGAGUACAUGUCACGGCGCAUGUCGGACGUGGAGCGUCUGCUGAACGAGCGUCACCUGUUCCACGGCACCUCGCAGGACGUGGUAGAGGGCAUCUGCAAGCACAACUUCGACCCCCGCGUGUGCGGGAAGCACGCCACCAUGUUCGGCCAGGGUAGCUACUUCGCGCGUCGGGCGGCGUAUUCGCACAGCUUCGCUCGCCGCUCGCCGUGCGGCCUCCACUACAUGUUCCUAGCCAAAGUGCUGACUGGAAAGUUCACGGUGGGAAACCCGGGUAUGCGGCGGCCGCCCCCGCUGUGUCCUCGCCAGCCCGCCGGAGACCUCUUCGACUCGUGCGUGGACAACUGUGUCGACCCGCAGAUCUUCGUCAUCUUCAACGACGACCAGAGCUAUCCGUAUUUUAUUAUCCAAUACGAGGAGGUGUCCAGCAGCGUCGCUAUCUGAGCGGACGCCGUGUUCGUGUUUUGUUGGAUGUCGAUCAGGGACGGUACGACACGGCAUGGCCAGAGUGUGCAUGGCUGAGGAACUGACUCCAGGCUUCCGUUUCGCAGCGUCGCGUGUCCGUAUACGAGUCUGAUCCCGCUCUCGGUUCUGCCGCACGCUAGCGGGCCAUCGCUCGGACUCCACGCCAUCAUUUUAUUUUUUUUUUGUAAAGACUCACGCCCCUCCCCCAUUGCUGCCAUCCAUUUACCAUACUUAAUUUGUUGUACAGAAGCUUUUCUUGUUUAUAUUUGAACUGUGUGCCUUUUGUUCAUAAAAUAAUUAUUUAUGUUAGUUAAUGUAUCAAAUAAAGAUCGAAAAUGAA